CGCCUGUCGUGUUUUUGUUAUCCAUGCAUUAAUUACAUAUUAAAGUAAGUAAGUGUUAUGUCGUGAUGAUCACCAUACUGACAAUAAAACAGUUCAAGAAAAUUUCAGGGCACGCUCAGACAGCAAACGUAGUGGUCCGUCCGUGAACGGAACGGAACGCAGACUAAGGGAAAAUAUAAAAAAGCAAUAAAUAUUAUCUACUUACACUCUUGUUCAAAGUUAAACAGGUCACUAUGUUCCUUCAGAUUCCGUUUAUUAAUCCGGUAUUGUUAUACUAUCUUCUAAUUGCGCAGCAAUUAUCCCAGGCGUUAGUGCGAGAAAUCCCAUUCGGUCCUGAGUUAUCCAGACCCGUAGUGCAUACCCCAGUAGGCAGCUAUCGGGGGCUUUGGGCCCAGGACGGGAAUUACUCCAGGUUCCUAGGUAUCCCGUAUGCGAGAGUUGAUCCUGACAACGUUUUUGGUGCUACUAUUCCUUUCAAAAUUGAAGGAAUAUUUGAAGCAGUCGACGAUACAUCAAGGUGUCCUCAAGAACGUGACAAAACAAUCGCUGGGACACUGGACUGCCUUAUCGUCAACAUUAACGUACCGAAUAGUGCCAGUUUUGAGAAUCCCUUGCCUGUGCUGAUCCAAAUUUAUGGAGGAAAAUUUAUAUUCGGAUCAGCUAGCAGUUUUCUCUAUGGACCACGCUUCCUAGUCAGACAUGGCGUCAUUUUCAUCACUUUGAACUAUCGCCUUGGUCCUUAUGGUUUUAUGUGUUUAAACACUUCUAAAGUACCAGGGAAUCAGGGUUUGAAAGAUCAAGUACAAGCACUACGUUGGAUUAAAGAAAAUAUACGAUAUUUUGGCGGAGAUGACUCCAAAAUCACUGUAGCAGGGUACAGUGCUGGUGCAAUAUCUGUGGAUUUCCAUCAGUACUUUCUACAUGAGCAGCUUUAUAAUAGAGUGAUUUUGCAAAGUGGCGUUGCGUUGUCUCAUGAUUUUACUGAAGAUUCUAAUCCUGAUCGAGAUGCUCCUUUAAAAUUAGCAAAGCAAUUUAAUUAUAUAACGAAUGAUAUAAAUGCUGCUUUAUCGAUUCUAAACAAAGUAGAGCCACAUGAACUUAUUGCAGCAACAAGGGAUUCUGGUGUAAUUCUUGGACCGUGUGUUGAAAAACAAUUCGAGAAUGCUGAUAACUAUAUUACAAAAUAUCCAGCUGAUUUGAACACAGUUACUCGUACAGAUGCCGAUAUCUUAAUUGGUAUUACUAAUGACGAAAGCUAUUCGUUCAUAACUAAAUCUAUAAACAACGGUGCUUUGGAAUUGCAAACGGACUUCGUGUCUCUGAUUUUAGAAUCUCAUUUUGAAUUCAAUAAUGAAAGUAAGCUUUCAGAUGAAAUAAAAAACAUUGUCCGGUUGUUUUAUUACGGUGAUGAUGUUCGACAAGCAGAUAAUAGGAGACCGGAAAUGAAUAUACAUGCCGAUUUUACUUUUCACAGACCGAUAUUCAGAACGGUUAGAAAAUAUUUGGAAAGUGGCGUAGAAAACACCUACUUCUAUAUGUUUUCAUUUUGUGGUGAAAGGAAUUAUUACAAGGAUUACAUGAAUAUACCAUGUACAGAAGGUGGUGCUUUCCACGCAGAUGAACUGGGAUAUUUAUUUGACAUUUCUUACAUGAAAGAGCGAUUGCGUGAUGAAGAUAUGCUAAUUGUAGACAGGAUGACUGAAAUUUGGACUAAUUUUGUAAAAUAUGGAAAUCCAACACCGAAAACAUCCAAGUUGAUUCCUCUCAUAUGGCCACGCGUAUCCCGGGACAAACUGCCAUAUUUGGAGAUAAACACUGAACUACGCCUAGGUUCUAGACCGAUGCACGAGCGGAUGAGCUUUCUAGACCUUCUGUACAAGGAUAUUGGACAUUAUCAAAGGUGGAUGAGUAAGGACUAAACAAUGUAACAAGAUAUGAGCAAGACGAAAAUAAUAAUAUAAACAAUAACAAUAUUUUGCUUAGUUUUAUUCCAAAGUAAUGGAAUCCUGAGAUCGUAAGUUUUUUAGGUAAUUAAUUUUUUAUCAAUAUCCGAAUGACGCAAGCAGUUGAAAAAUCGGACUAACGACAACAAGCUACUUCAGAAAAUGGUACAUGAAAAUGAAAGCAACAAAUUUAUUCUAGUUAAUUUGCUAUACCUAUCAAUCUGGUAGUAGCUGUUCAUCGGUGGAAAGACCAGCAGCUGAAAAUUGUUUAGGCAUCUUAUAAUUUAAACUAUAUCUGAUGACAGUUUAUAUUCUAUUGUAUAUAAAAAAAAUUGCGAGUCGGACUCGUGCACCGAGGGUUCCGUACAAAUCUGUAGGUAUAUAUUAUUAUAUGGCGUAACUAAAAAUUUACGGUUCUCGCAUUUUUUCCUUUAUCUGUGUAUAAGACGUUGCUUCGUACGAAAUUUCAAGAUUCUGAGUUCACGGGAAGUACCCUAUAGGUUUUGAUUUCCGCGGAAAUUUGCGGCAUAAACGGCUAUAUCUCUUGAUUGCGUUUGCUUAGAAGUUUGAUUUUUUUCAUAGCUGCAAGGGACAGUAGAUCUGAGUAUUUGAUAUAAAUAUAUUCAAGCUUGAUACCUCCACGCGUUCCUGAGAAAAAGGGUCUUGACAGACAGACGGACAGACGGACAACAAGGUGACCCUAUAAGGGUUCCGUUUUUCCUUUCGAGGUACGGAAUCCUAAAAAUAUCAUCAACGGGCUGUAUGGCGAUGGAAAGACCGUCAGUUGAUGCCCUCUUCCUAGUCGUAUACUCUUCUCAGAGUAGUCAUUCAUUCAUUGUUUCCCGCCACGCUUCUCUAUUUAUUGCUGGCCGCACGCACAGAUUUAAAGGUGACCCGGUGAGAGCUUUCACUUGGUCGGUCCAUCGCAUUGAGGGCUGCAAACUGGGUCUUGUGCCAUCCACUCUGCCCUGAACAACAAGCCUCUCCAUGGCAUUGUCUUCCCUGCGCGUAACGUGACCCUAGUAGCUAAGGAUGCGAGAGUGAACGAUUGGCGAAGUGUCUUUGUGUAACCUUGAGCUUCUGGAGAAUUGAUAUAUUAGUACGACGCUGCGUCCGCGAUAUCCGCAGCAUCCUUUUCCAGCACCCAGUUCACUCUCUCUUACUGUUCACGAAUCAGCACUGUAAAGCAACACUGGGAAAACGAGAGAUCUUACGAGACGAGACUUCGAUGCCUUUUUGAUGUUGCGAUCUCUCCAGAUCUUAGAGAGCUUCUCCAUUGCAGACCUAAUAAUGGCGAUGCGUCGCUUGACUUUAUCUUCGGAGCCUCCGCCGUCUGAGGCCAAUGACCCCAAGUGUAUAUAUAAAUAUAUAACUUCUCAGUUUCCAAUCGCUUUUGGUCUAUUCGCUUUGUAACAGUUGAUGUCCUGAAGGCUGUAACUUAAAAGACAAACAGAAGCAUCUAUCACUUAUUUCAGUGCAUAAAGUCCCUUUUUCAUCACCAAAGUGGUUAAGGAAAAUGUUUAAUUGCGCUAGAGCAGGGUGAUGAUACUAUUUAUUCACUAAUUAUACUACAAUUAUUCAGUAUAAUUAUAAACUGUAAAAAAAAUUCAAUUGGAAUGCGAUUAUUUAAAAAAAAAUACAUAUUCAUUUGAAGUUGCGAUACAACUGCCAGCUGAUUUUUUUUUAAUUCACAAUAGCUUUUAAACUAUCAACCGACAAAGGCAAUAUGGGAUGCGAUAUCAAAGUUUAUUUUACAGUACAUAUGGUGCUACUUUACCACACUAGUGCGAAAAUUAGCAUAUUACGUUACUGUGUCGAACAUUUAAAGGGCCAUAUGUACUGUAAAACGUUGUGCGAUAC